CUUAUUUAAAGUAAUGCAUUGGAUUAUGAUAAGUAGUAUUAUAUAACUUAUGAACAUUUCUAUAUAUUCUUCCUCGAGCAGUAGACGGUGCCUUCAGUAGUAUUAUAUUCAAGACUUAGUGUGUUUAUUCUUUUCCCAUUAACUUGCAUCAUUAGCUCAGGAAAACUACACAAGAAUUUGACAUUUUGCACUGUUUCCAUGCAGUGCUUCUUUCCACAAUAUGUGUUGAGAUACAUAUUGACUCCUUAUUUUAUCUUAAAUUCAGCCUAUGUUGUAUUUCAAUUCCAUCAUAUAUUGGUGCCACCUUCUGCAGAUAUGCAUGGACAUUGGAACAAGUGCAAAUUGGACCCAGCAGCAUGCACACCACUCCAAAUCGCCAUAUUACAAGCUUUUAGGCUCGACAUGCUUGCAACUUUUAGACCUUUCGCAAUCUAUUUGGGAAGAGGAGGAAUGUUCAUAAACUCAUGUUUUGCUCACUGCCAAAGUGAAUCACAAGAUACGUGGUUUGAAGAUGAUUCCCCAAGAAUAAACAAGGUAUUAAUUGCUAUGAGACUUUGUUAUACUGUACAUUGUUUAACACGAUAAUAGGCUAGUGGUAAUCAAUUGCACCAAACAUGCGUUUAGUGUUAUAGGACAAAUAAGAGUUUAAAGCAAAGGAAAUAGGCUGAACAAUACUAGUGAUCUUUACACUCACAACUAGUGAAUUUUCUAAGUCAGUAACACUGUUAAAAUUCUGUCUUUUACAGACAAUUGUAGAAGUAGUUGAUGAUUGGUAUUUUAGCAGAAAAAGAAGCAAGGAAAUAGACUAUCCAUACCCAUGUGACACAACUUGUCACAAUCUUAUACCAUAUCCUCGUGGUAAUAUCUGUUUCUUAAAAAUUUUAUACACUAGUUGCUUUGGAUAUCGCGAAGACUUGAGGUCCAUUUAUCUAAUAAAAAAUUUGGAAUG